AGGGAGGGGAGUGGGAGCCCAAGACCCAGGCCCGGGUUUUCCGGGGCAGAGCCUGGGGCUUGUGGAGUGGAAAAGUGAGGGGUGGCUGGAAGGGGAGACCAUGUCUGGGAGAAUCCUGGCACCGAGUUGGACGAGACGCUCCCCAGGGUCAGCCGCCCAUGGUCUCACGUGAAGAAUUUCCACAUGGACGAGGCAGAGAGAAAAGCAGGGUGUACUUAAGUCAGAAACCUGCAGAAGCAGCCUGGAAGGGGGUUCCAAGAGAGGCAGACCUGAGAAGCCGGUGGAAGUGUUUUUUUUUUUUAGCACAAUUUUGGGGGAAAACUAUCAACUAAUAUUCAGUUAGAAGGCGGGACAGAAACCCAUCAAAAGGCUGGAUUUGCAAUCUUGUUUUCCUUGUCUAGCUUGCUCACCAUAAAACAAAAGAGGGUGGGGACUAAACUGGGAACUCAGUAGGGUGGAAUCCCCACUUCCUUGCUAUUCUCAUGAUAAAACUGGAAGCUCCAGGAGUCGGGUAGGCACUUGUGUCUUGCUAAAGGCAACUUUUGGAGAGAAGCUUGCUGUGGGAUUCAGCCCUUCGAUUUGCUGAGGAUAACUUGGGAGAAGUCCUGCAGUCAGGAGAGGAUGGCAGCUACAGGAGCUGAGGCCAAGGAACCGCAACGUCACAAUGGCUGCCUCGUCCGGCUUUCCAACCCACACCUGGCCACCAUGAAGGAGGACCUGCUGUACCACUUCAGCCUGGGCACCGGCACACACGACUUCCCGGCCAUGUUUGGGGACGUGAAGUUUGUGUGUGUGGGAGGAAGCCCCUCACGGAUGAGUGCCUUCAUCAAGUACGUGGCCGCGGAGCUGGGCCUUGGCCGCCCAGAUGAAGACCACCCCAACAUCUGCACAGGGACCGACCGCUACGCCAUGUACAAAGCCGGGCCGGUGCUGUCCGUCAGCCACGGCAUGGGUGUUCCCUCCAUCGCCAUCAUGCUGCAUGAACUCAUCAAGCUGCUGUACCACGCCCGGUGCUCUGACGUCACCAUCAUCCGCAUCGGCACUUCUGGCGGAAUAGGCCUGGAGCCCGGCUCUGUGGUCAUCACCCGGCAGGCUGUGGACGCCUGCUUCCGGCCGGAGUUUGAGCAGAUCAUCCUGGGCAAGCGGGUGGUCCGCAGCACGGACCUGGACGAGCGGCUGGUGCAGGAGCUGAUGCAGUGCUCCAGCGAGCUGGCCGAGUUCACCACCGUCGUGGGCAACACCAUGUGCACCUUGGACUUCUAUGAGGGGCAAGGCCGGCUGGACGGCGCCCUCUGCUCCUACACAGAGAAAGACAAGCAGGCCUACCUGCACGCGGCCCACGCCGCCGGCAUCCGCAACAUCGAGAUGGAAUCCUCCGUCUUCGCCGCCAUGUGCAGCGCGUGUGGCCUCCGAGCGGCUGUGGUGUGUGUCACCCUCCUGGACCGCCUGCUAGGAGACCAGAUCAGCAGCCCACACGAGGUGCUGUCCGAGUACCAGCAGCGGCCGCAGCGGCUGGUGAGCUACUUCAUCAAGAAGAGCCUGGGGAAGGCCUGAGUGGUCCUGACCCACAGCGCCCCGGGACAGCUGCUGUGAUGACCGCCAAUAAAACCCUCUUCCAGAA